UAUAUCAAUAAUAAUAAAAGAAAUGGACGGAAAAGAAAAAACUAUAGGUCCGGUCCAGGCCGGGGUUAAGAAUUAAGAUAUUGUAUAUGCUUUUAUGAGCCGACACCAGCAGCUGUAGUACGCUCCGAUCCUUCUCCUCCGCUCACUCGUCUUCCUCUUCUCCCCUCCUGGCUGCCAUGAACAUUCAGCAGCUCAUGCUUAAAUCAAGCUUUAUUCCCCUAUUCUUUACCUUAUCAGGCAAGUCCAAGAUGCCAAAAGUUGCUGCUCUGUGCACCACUCCCAACUUCUACGCACAAGUUACGCCAAGUGUUCGAGAAAAUGCCUCAACCAGGAGCUCCACCACAAUCUCCCCUGCUUCAGCCUACAUCCACCUCCCCUUUUGUCGAAAACGUUGCCACUACUGCGACUUCCCCAUUGUCGCCUUGGGAUCCUCCUCCUACCAAACCGACGACGACCCUCGAGUUCGAAACUACGUGGAGUUGCUUUGUCGAGAAAUUAGCGCCACAAAAUCAGAAUUCGGAGCCGACCGGCCCCUUGAAACCGUCUUCUUUGGGGGCGGCACCCCUUCUCUUGUGCCCCCGAGGCUUGUCUCGUCCAUUUUGGAUGUGUUGCGAUUGAAGUUUGGGUUGGCUAAGGACGCUGAAAUCUCUAUUGAGAUGGACCCCGGAACUUUUGAUGCGAAGAAAAUGGAGGAUUUGAUGAAGUUGGAUGUGAACAGAGUGUCUUUGGGUGUUCAAGCGUUUCAGGAAGAGUUACUCAAGGCUUGUGGGAGGGCUCACGGUGUUCAUGAAGUUUAUGAAGCUAUUGAGAUUAUUAAGUCGUGUGGCCUUAAAAACUGGAGUAUGGAUCUCAUCUCUUCUCUCCCUCACCAGGCAGCAGAGAUGUGGGAAGAAAGUUUACGCCUCACCAUUGAAGCGCAACCAACUCAUGUUUCAGUAUAUGAUUUGCAAGUUGAAGAAGACACAAAAUUUGGGAUGUUGUACAAGCCAGGGGAGUUUCCAUUGCCUUCUGAGACAGAUUCAGCUGGUUUCUACAGAAUGGCUUCAAGGGCACUCGCCGAGGGAGGAUAUAACCAUUAUGAAAUCAGUAGUUACUGUAAGGACGGGUUCGAGUGCAAGCACAACUCUACUUACUGGAAGAACAGUCCUUUCUAUGGUUUUGGUUUAGGGGCAGCUAGUUAUCUUGGUGGAUUGAGGUUCUCCAGGCCUCGGAAGUUGAAGGAAUACACCAAUUAUGUGCACAACUUAGAGAAGGGGAUGGUGGAUUGCCAUGGAGAUAAUGAUGUUGAUGCCAAGGACAUGGCUAUGGAUAUUGUGAUGCUCUCCCUCAGAACUUCCUCAGGCCUUGACUUGCAAUCUUUUGGAAAAGCAUAUGGAGGCCAUCUUGUCCAUUCCCUUUGCAGGUCCUAUCAACCUUAUAUCAAGAGUGGCCAUGUGGUUUGCUUGGAUGAGCAGAGAAGAGCUCUGACAGUCGAUGAAUGCAACGAUUUGCUAUUGAGUGAAGAUGAUAACUUAAGGGAGCUGCGGCACAUUCGACUCGGCGACCCAGAUGGGUUUUUAUUAUCAAACGAGUUGAUCUCUCUCGCAUUUAGAGUCAUAUCUCCCUGAAGUUUAGAAUUUCAAUCUUAUUUGGUGCUCUUUUAUGAUACCAAAUCUUGUGUCCCAGUUCGUAUUUCCAGUACAGUUGGCUGCAAAGAGAGUCCAAAGAUAUUGAGUAGAUUGGCGUUGUUUUUCAAGAUAAUGCAGAGAUUAUGCAUCUGGGAUGAGAAUCUUGCCUACAAAUUGUUGACGAAAUUCGUCAUUACUCGAAUCACAGUAGUAUGAUCAGGGAACAUAAAGUUUACUUAAUCACAUACCAAAGGAUUGUUCUCAAUGGGAGAGUUGCAGCUAAUAUGACUAUGCGUAACCAACAAGUUAGGAUGAGACCUCCAGCACGACCACUUGAUGAAAUGUGAAGGAAAGUGGGACAAAUGACCAAGACGAACAUAGAUGAACUUCCGAUCAGGUUGGCAGUUGGGCAGAGAUCGCUAUGUUUUUUAGUAAUUGAUUAAAGAGGGUGGUGCUGCUCCUUCGAAGAUAAUGCUGAUAAUGGGAACUAAUAUUGAGUUGAAUUUACGAAAAGCAACGCAAUGUUAGAACAAGACUGAUCCAGCAAUAGCAUGAUCUUAAUGGAGGGCAAGGUCACUUCAAAAAAGGGAAAGCUGUGAAUUUUUAGAGAAAAAGAAAGGAAUUUUUUUCAUUAUGGUUGGAUGACUUCUAAAAUACGUCUCAAAACCUGUCCAAAUGUAAAGGUGUGGCUUCAAAAUUCCAACUUUUUUACCACUCCCA